AUGCUGGAAGUUCCAAGUACUCCAGUCUCUGGAUUAAAAGCACGUGCUACGGGUCCAUACUCGGUCGAGGUGUCCUGGAACACACCAUCCGAUGAAGACAUUCCUGGCAUAUUAGUUGGUUAUGUGGUUUACUACAAAGAAACGUCAACAGUCCGCAACAACUGGCGAAAAGAAGAGGUCAAUAACACGGAAGGUCCAUAUCCUAAUUUUACCAUCACAUCUCUGAAAGCUUACACAACGUACACUGUAAAUGUAUCAACGGUUAUUCUUGAAGGUGAAGGGAAAAGCGCCAGUAUAAACAUAGCUACAGACGAAAUAGGGCCCAGUCACCCUCCAACCAACGUACAAGUUUACAAUGCAAGCAGUAAAAGCUGUGACAUUCGCUGGAGCCCAGUUCCCAAAGAGUAUCAAAAUGGCGUCAUCAUUGGAUUUGAGAUACAGUAUUUUAACGACCAUGAAAGGGUAUCAAAAAGUAAAAGACAAAAUAUUUCAUCAGUCAUCUACUGGUAUCGCUUGACAGGGCUAGAUAUCUACACGAAAUAUCACAUCAGCGUUGUGGGUAGAACAUCGGCAGGGCCAGGGAACCACUCUAGCAACUCAAGAUUGAUAUGUACAACUAAAGCUGGCUCCAGCCCCACAGUUCUCUCCGCCAUUUCUUCCACGCCCCACAGCUGCCAAGUUACCUGGGAAGGUAUUCCUAGCAAGUUUGUCAACGGUGAACUGGUUUUUUACGAAGUUAGCGUGGAGAAAAAUGACUCUGCUAAACAAACGUCAGUUGACAAUUAUGGUACUACGGUGCUUGUAUGCAAUAAAGUUACUUUCAAUGUCACGAUCAACUUGCUACAUGCUUUUACCUCAUAUAAAAUUAAAGUGGCUGCGCACAAUAACAUUGGCAGGGGGAAUUUUAGUGAAGCGGUUGAAUGUCUCACGGACGAAACAGCGCCCUCAUUGCCUCCGCAAAACAUUAAAGGACACGACAUAAGUGCGCGAAGCAUCAUGGUCAAGUGGGAUCCAGUCCCUGAAUCUGACAGAAACGGUGUUGUGAGAGAGUACCACAUCAGAUACGGGCUGGCAGGAAAUCCCUACGAACUCCGUUCGAUGGUUACAGAUGGUUCGUUGUUUAAAGUCUUAACUGGAUUGAAGCCUUUUUCGAAUUAUUCCUUUGAGGUGGCCGCCAAAACUGUUGCCUGUAGUAACUACAGCGAACCCAUUAUCGUACCCACGGGAGAACUCGCUCCUACCACAUCACCAGAGAUCACUGACUUUUACAACACCAGCGCCCGCAGUAUUUUUGUCAAGUGGAGACGUCCACCAGAGCCAAUCCAGGGAAUCUUGCGUGGUUAUCGAAUCAUCUAUAAGAAUCUGAACAACUCGCAAAGUGAAGAUCAAAAUUCAACUGUGGAUGCAAAUACUUUGUUCCUUGAAAUCAGAGAGCUUGAAAUCAACUCUAAGUAUGAAAUCCGAGUGUUGGCAUUCACAGUUGCUGACGGUAAUGAAAGCGAGCCAGUUGUGGUUUUCACGGACAGCAAAGUUCUCCCGCCGCCAGACCGCGUUCCUGAAAAUUUAGGCCUGAGCAACAAAACUUCUACAAGCUGUGUUCUGUUCUGGGAUGGCGUCGCAAACUCGUACUCAGACCCCGACGGAGUUGUGGUGGGUUACUAUAUCUACUAUAGGAAAGCUGCUUCCAAUGGCACGUUUGAUAAAUUGGAUGUUGAAGAAGAUAAUAUUACGGUCUUUACUGUGGGAAACCUUGAAGAGUACGUCGAAUACGAGUUUAGCGUUAUUGCUUAUAACAUCUAUGGCGAAGGAAAUGCAAGUGAUACUUUUCACUGUAAGACAGAGGAAGACGGUAGAAUGGAUAAAGGGAAUUCCACGGCCGAGUACAGGCACGUAACACCAAGUGAGUUGAACGUACAGCUUACAGGAUCAGGGUCUGUUAGAAGAAAACGAGCGGCAGACUUCUCCUGGAUGUUGUCUGACCUUGAUGAAUAUACCCUGUAUAUCAUCCGCAUUCUGAUGUAUACCAUUGGUAACAGCGAGUACAGCAUCCCCUUAAAGAUUCGAACAGCAGAAGCAGCCCCGUCCUCACCCCCUACGGAAGUCCUAGCCGUCAAAGAAAGCUCUACGAGUUUAUUGGUCACGUGGUCUCAAGUCCCGUCUGAGGACCGUAAUGGCGAAAUAAGAGGUUUUGUGAUUGCCUAUUGGUUAGUCGAUGAUCCCAGUGAUGUUCAGUAUGUUAACAUGUCCACUAGUACCCCAAGUUAUAAUGUUAGCAGGAGAAGGAAAAAGAGAGCCGCCGACGAAUCAUUUAAGUAUAUUCUGACAAGACUGAAAAUAUGGACUUAUUACUAUGUCAAAGUUGCCGCGUUCACGAUCAGCCGGGGACCAUUCAGUGAGCCUUACAAGGCUCGGACGGACGAAGGAGUCCCUUGUCUGCCACCACAAUACGUCGCAUUCGAUGUCCCGGGGCUGACCUCGCUCCUAGCAAAGUGGAAACCAGUCCCCGAACACUGCCGAAAUGGAAUAAUUCUUGGAUACCGAGUCAAGUAUCGGCGACUGGAUGGCGUCUCAGGAGAGAGGGUUGAAAACACAACCGCUGACAUACUGUACGCGUUUCUUUAUGAUCUGAAGAUUUUUGCUAAUUAUAGCAUUGGAAUCGUCGCAUUUACAGGGAAGGGUGAAGGGAACUCCACUUUUGACCUGGCUUUACCUGACAACCUGGGAACAAAGAGCACGCCAACAAACUUAACAGCUUACAACUACACCACAACUUCCUCUGUUAAUGUCACGUGGGGACCAAUUGAAGACGAGUUGAUACUGGAGAGAAUCCUGGGUUACCGCGUCUCCUACAAGGCCGUGAGGGUUGGGGACCAGGAAGUUGAGGAGGGAGAUGAACCGACUUACAACAUAACUGUUCGUAAAGACACUUUUGAUGUUGUUCUUGAAGGACUGGAUCCGUAUACUAGGUACCAGAUCAACGUGUCCGGAUUUAGCCGCAAGGGGGAUGGACCAAGUGCGAUCACCGCAGGAGAUACUUGUCGCUGUCACAAGCGCCUAACCACCAAUUAUCGCCUCUUCCCGCCAUACGUGAACCAAUUUCCACUGACCCAUAAUGGAAACAUUAGUGUUGAUAACAUGACAGGGAUGCUCCCUCAAAUCCUCCAUGACCUUAUAGUCACUUGUUGCCAGACAUGCGCAGCUCAUGGAGAAUCGUAUGUGGACUUCAUGUACAACGGCACCAACGGUAAAGCCAAGAGGAAAAGCGAAAGAGAGAUGAAGACGUUGAUUGAAGACAGUAACGACCUCAGUUUCCCCGUGUAUGGCUGGAAGUGGCAAGAAAAUUAUGGCCCAGAUUACCGCUAUAUUCCUCUGGUUGAAUCUCCGGGCGUGGCCUUUAUAAUAAUCGAGCCUGAUGAUCGUAGUCCGGCGCAAAGAUUGCUGGAUGAAGUAUUUGCAACUUGGCCCUAUUGCGUCAUAUCAUCGCUUCUUGCUGCCAUAGCUGGGAUUAUUAUGUGGUUUCUGGACACAAAGUACAACUCACAACAGUUUCCUCGCUCAUUUUGGUGUGGUUCGUGGAACGGGUUUUGGUGGGCUUUUAUUUCUAUGACAACGUUAGGAUAUGGCGACAAGGUUCCGUCAGCUUACAUAUCCAAGUUGUUCGCCAUUGUUUGGAUCCUAAUUGGACUCAUCUUGAUGAGCAUUCUCAGCAGUGCUCUAACCUCUGCCGUUUCAAGCUUCGUGGUUCAAACAAACCUUACACUGUACGGAACCAAGAUCGUCCCUAUGAAACAUUUUUGGAAGUGUACAACGCACUAAUCAACAAAGAAGUUCAAGGAAUGUUGAUCGACACCUACGAAGCUGGAACCAAAAGAGAUCAAUUCAAGGACCCUCGGAAUCGUAUCCACACUAUAUACGACUACAAGUCUACCUACGGAGUGGUUCUGGCUGGUAACUCGACCAGGUUGCUGCAGUGCUCCAAAAGCUACAUACAGAGUCACCAGGACGAGAUGUUUGAGCACAUUGGGAAGUUUGUCUAUACCAUUAAGGAAGAUCACGUCCCUGAAAGUAUAGAAAUUGCAUCAGGUUUGUUUGAUCCGAAGAACAAUAUGUUCAGGUUGUUUACGUACACUGUGGCUGGUGUCGUAUCACUGGCAAUUCUACUGGGACUCAUACUGGAAUUUAGACAAUGGUUUUAUGCCCGUCAAAGAGAACAGCUCGGUGACCCAGAUAGAGAAAAGACCAAACAUCUCCAAGAAAUGAGAGCUUCUGUGGAAGACUUUUAUCGUAACUUCAAAACGAAUUAUUUUCAAAUGACAAAGAGACAUCGAUCCCAGCUUAAGAGCCUUGAGACUCGUCUGCAAGACAACAACAUGCCUUCUUCUAGGGCGAGUUGGCCGUGGUCUAAAAUUAUUAUUCCUGGUUUCUUUAAAAGCAAUUACGAUGGAAAGACGAAGUCUCCUACCGAGAAUAUCUACGGGAAUCCUGAGGCCUUUUUGUACUAGUGAAAGAUAGGAUCAAGAAGUUGUAGAUAUGGAGUCCGCCAGACUAGUAUCGUUCUUAGAGCAUUAUAUUCCCUCCUUGUAGUCCAAAAAUCAUCCGAAACAACAAGCUUUCCGCAAAUUGGACGAAUUUUCAUCGGAUUCUUGCGGUGGACUAAUGAGUUUUGAUCAACUUUCGUAGAAAAAUCUUGAUACACACGACUCUCGCCAGAUUUCGCUAUCACAAUUUUGGUCGAUUUGAUCAUUUAAGAUCACUCUAACUUUUGGAGACCCAAAAAGAUGUAGGAACCAUCAAUCUUGGGUCACCACUUUUCUUACGGUGCAAGAGAUAUUAGUUGUCAAUCGUUACUCAUUAACAGCCUAUUGGCUGUACGCCAGAAUUAACCGGCAUUUACCACUGGUGUAGUUUUAUUAGCAGGGUUAUCGGAUAAACGCAGUAAGGCAACUCGUCGCAACAGAUCAUCCUUUUGAAAGGGUAAUAAAGGUUACUUAUGUCCCAAUUUGGCG